GAAAUGAAUGUUCCAAUUGAGUAUUCUGAAUAAAGGGCUAAAACAGAAGCCAAUUCUUAAGCUUUCUCCUAAUCACUUGAAAAUUUAGAUACAAAUAGUUUGAAAGAGGAUCUUAACAAAAGCAUUGAAUUGGGACGAAAGAAGAGAAAACAGUUGACUUUAGAAAAUCCUGAAUUUCAGAUAAAGCAAGAGAUUGAGGACGAAAAGUAGAACAUCAAGGUACAAACCCUCAUCAGGAGGGGAGUAGCCGAUUCUCUGAAGAUAACAGACUUAUGUACGAUAAUACUAUUCAUAAAUUAGUAAAGUUGAAAAUCUCAGCUAAGGACAACAAUAAUCCUGUACACAGUCUCUUCAGAUGGUGCAUGCUCAUCCUUUACAAAGAGAAUCCCGAGAUGUAUAAUUGGUCAGAGUUUAAAGUAAGUAACCCAUAUGAAUGUAGAAAUAAGUCCUUGAGAAGAACAGUGGCUCAGACUUUCGUAAUCGCUUGGGGUAUCAAAGCGUUAUCAAUAUCACCUCACUUGAAGGGGAGAAAACCAAAUACUUGCUGACUUUGAAAAAGGCAAUCGUCGAACAAAAUAGUAGGCCUGAAGAGCUUAAGCAUGUACUAGUGAAAAUAUUUGACAUAAUCGAAAUAGUGUAUAAAACUCAUGAGCAUGCAAAAAGAAUUAACCAUCUUGUUGAUGAUUUGUUAAUGGUAAUACAAAUAGCUGAUGAUAUUAUUAGCAAGAGUAGAAGAUAAAGCAAUAUAGAGAUGAGAUCGAGAAGGUGAAUUAAGAAAUUCAGUUAGCCAAGUCUAACUUGAAAAAUUUGGAAAGCAAGUCUUUGAAUGAGGAGAUCAUUCAAGAAUGAUAUUAUAAUUAAAAUUAUGAUGGUUCUUUAAAAGGAAGUUAAAAUCAAG